CUGUACAUUUGGCCCUCUGGCUGCUGCUGCCUGUGCGAGAUUGGAUCUAAGCGUGGCAAACAGGGACGCUCGGAAGUACAAGUGGACUUAAGGAGCCAUUCCCGCCCCAACUCUCCAGGAAGCUGGGUGGCCCAAACUGGGCCCGGCAGUCACGCAAGAUGGCUGCCUUGAAACGGAGCCGGAAGCAGGCCUGGCCGGAGGAAGAGGGCGACCGGGAGCAUGGCCUCUACAGCUUGCACCGCAUGUUCGACAUCGUGGGCACCCACCUGACCCACCGGGACGUCCGGGUCCUCUCCUUCCUCUUCGUGGACGUGAUCGAUGACUACGAGCGGGGGAUGAUCCGCAGCGGCCGGGACUUCCUGCUGGCGCUGGAGAGGCAGGGCCGCUGUGACGAGACCAACUUCCGCCAGGUGUUGCAGCUGCUGAGGAUCAUCACCCGCCAUGACUUGUUGCCCUACGUCACUUUGAAGAGGAGGAGGGCUGUGUGUCCAGACCUCGUAGACAAGUACCUCGAAGAGACUUCCAUUCGUUACGUGACGCCACGGGCACACACUAGUGUGGAACCUGCUCCCGCUCACCAACACAAACCAGUGCCUCCCCACCACCCACUGGUCUGCUGCUCCUCUUCGGGUCCCCAGAUUUGUGCGAAGAGGUCUGGUCGGGGAAGAGCCCUCCUCGGCAGCCAGCGGAAAAGGAGGAAGUCGGUGACGCCAGACCCUAAGGACAAACAGACGUGUGACAUCCGCCUCCGAGUCCGAGCGGAGUAUUGCCAGCAUGAAACGGCCCUGGAGGGGAAUGUCUUCUCCAACAAGCAGGACCCCCUUGAGCGGCAGUUUGAGCGCUUUAGCCAGGCCAACACAAUCUUGAAAUCGCGGGACCUGGGCUCGAUCAUCUGUGACAUAAAGUUCUCGGAGCUCACGUACCUCGAUGCCUUCUGGCGCGACUACAUCAAUGGCUCGCUGCUGGAGGCCCUGAAAGGCGUCUUUAUCACGGACUCGCUCAAGCAAGCGGUGGGCCACGAGGCCAUCAAGCUCCUGGUCAACGUGGACGAAGAGGAUUAUGAGGUGGGCCGGCAGAAACUCCUGAGGAACUUGAUGCUCCAGACGGCUCCUUGAACCCACCUUAACCCUUUUUUCUCAUCUGCCUCUUCUUUGGAA